AUGCAGAACGAGUAUCUUCCCUGGCGGAGGGUAGUUCGCAGCCUCGAGCAGCGUCAGACGCUGCAGAGCCUGCACACGCACUUCACACUCAAGCUGACCGACAUCCAGUGGUACGGACGUUGGUGGACGCUAAUCACGCCGGCGUUCAGCCACAUGCAGGUUGGCCACGCCGUCGGGAACCUGGUGGCCUUCAUGGAGUUUUCACAGAUGCUGCUGGCCGCCGGCAUCCACCCGGCACACUAUGGCGCGCUGAUCCUGGGCUCCGCAGUGUCGGGCCACCUGGCGUUCCUGACCCACGUGUCCUGGCGCCGCGCAACCCCCUGGUGGUGGACCCUGCUGCCGCUGGCGCCCCGCGUCGAGCCGUGCGCGCUCGGCCUGUCCGGCGUGGUCACGGGCCUGGGCGUCGCGCUCGCCCUGGCGGCGCCCAAUGCCACGGCCACCACCACGGUGGUGGUGCUUUCGAAUGGCAGGACGUCGCUACCCGCUUGGGGGCUCAUAGUCUUGUACCUGAUAUACGACACCGCCCGCCUGGAUGACCUGUCCUCGGAGUUCGGAUACGUGGCAUGUCUGGGCGGCGCGGCUUUCGGGGCCGUCUUCUAUUUCUUCGAGCUAAGGGGCAGGAACGCACUGCCAUUCGUGUGGCGGCUGUAG